AAGACAUCCUGCACUUGUUUGCCUUGUUGAGGCUUUUCCCCCGCACCAACGCCUUGAGACGAACCGUUGAUAUGUUGUGCAAUCGAUUGUCUUUGACCACUCCUCAGCCACGACCCUACCGUUUUGCUGAUGGCAUUGACGGGACUUUCCAGAGGCUCGAUGAUUCCCUCCGGUUUGCUCACUGGAUCAGAGAUUGGAGUGAAAGCCACCUCAGACAAGGCUCAGCAGUGGCUGGUCUUAUCGAUGUAAGGUCACAGACUCUGGAGACAGACCUCGAUGCCCUACGAUAUGAACUACACGAGAUGGGCUCCAGCAUCGUCAAUGGCGUUCCCACCUAUAUUGGAGAACUCUUGGAAAGAAUAAAAAGAUGUGUCGCCGAACUUACAGAACUCGUCGACUUCUACGGCCAAAACAGAGAACAGGGGCGCUCUGAUGCCCUUGACGCUCUGUUUGCCUCUCAGUUCAUUCUGGACAUUGAUGAGAGAACCGGCUACCCUCGAUCUCUGCCGAAUCAGCAAGGACUGGUGCAGAUGGCCAUCAGUAUUGCCGAGACUCUAGGGAAAACAUCACUAAACGGAGCAUCUCUGGUUCCCCAAAUGGAGGCGGUGCGGUCGUUCGAGGAGCAUCGCCCGCAUUUAGAGAGAUGUCUAUUUCAAUUCGCCAGGAUGCUUGAGCCGCGAUACGUACAUACCUACAACAAGACCGAGGACGUGCCUUACGAGCAGAAGGCAUUCGAACCCAUCGCCAAGGGGAGCUUCGGGGCAGUCGUUAGGGUAGAACACAAGAAAACCUCUGAGGAACUUGCGAUGAAAACUUUCUUCUGUAAUGAUCGGAGCAAGAUUCUACAGGAGAUCGGGGUUCUGGAAGUUUGCAACCACCCCAACAUCGUCAAACUGGUCGAAGCAUUCACUGUAGCCAACGACGAGAGAUACGAAGAGGACAACGGCAUCAUUCAUCUCAUACUGAGACCCUGGGCCCCCUAUACCCUCGAAGACUUUUUGAAGUCAACAGACGGAAAACGUAAAGAUCGAUGCAGAUGGUUCAGCCCAGGCUCACCACAGUCAGACCUCUGCAUCUAUCGUAUCAUGAAGAAGCUGGCACAAGCCGUGGCUUAUAUGCAUGGACGGUCAAUCAAGCACAAGGACAUCAAGCCCGACAACAUCUUGCUCCACGAACCCAAUUCCCCAAACAUCCGUCCUCUUUUGACUGAUGUUGGCGUGAGCAAGGUAUUCAUCCGUGGGGGGUCAACCAAUUUCGACGACUGCUCAUAUAUCUUCCUCGCUCCAGAGCAAGUCGCGAGAUUGGAGAGCAAUCUCCGUGCUGAUAUAUGGCAACUCGGAUGCUGCUUUGCACUGAUGCUAGGUGUGGCGAAGGGAGGGAGAGCUGGACGAGAUGAACUGUGGGAUAGCUUUUGUCGGACAAAGGAUAGACGGUCAUGUCAGAUUGCCUCAGAGCAUGAGCACUUCAUGAAGAGUCUCAAAGUCUUGUGUGACGAGAGCCUGUCUAGACGCGAGGCCUUGAGCAACCAGUUGGCGUAUGAGCUUGUAUCAGGAAUGUUGGACAAGAACCAUGAAACAAGGCUGGAGAUUCAUCAAGUCUUGUCACGCCUUGACCAACUUGUUGCUCAGACGAGCACAGUUUCAGUGGGCGAUGUUGAAAUGAGCUAUUUGUGAAGAACCAGAAGGCAUUGUGGAUGGUUAUCAUGGCGUUUGGAUAUCGGAGGAGCAGUCUCUAAAUUUUACUGGGCAGGACUCAGAUUGUUUAGUCACUACGGUAAUCUAUUGAAUGUCAAAAAGAACAUAAUCAAUUAUCAACUCGACUACCUUAAUCUUUAUCCAUC